AUGUCGAUCCCAGGGAGGCCAACGUCGAAUUGGCCAAUACCCGCGGUGCCAACAUCGAUAUUCUCAUAUGCGCUUGAUGACGAUGUUGCCGUCACCGUCUUCGCCGCCAAGGCCAAGGUCAACGAGGUCGUCCUUGUUGGCAAUGUCACGCUUCUUCUUGUCCGCGUUGGUGACGAGGCCAACGGCUUCGUCUUUGAGCGCGGUCAGGUCAAGUUCCAGGUCCUUGACCACAUCCUCGUUGGAGCGCUUGAGGACAAUGUUGCCACUGGAGUCGACGUUGUCGGUGCCCAGGCCCAGGCUGACCAGGCUGUCGCCGUUGGGGACAGGGGCGGCAAUGACAGCUGCGACGAACAGCGCGGUAGCGAGAGUGUAAUGCAUGAUAGCCGGGAGUUGCGGCGCAAAAGAGAAGGAGACUGGGGAGGUUGGAGCUGGUGGAUCGGGAUAGAGAGAAAACGGGAGAAAGGCGAGAAAUAA